GAGAUAUGAGCCUUUAAAAUGAAUAAACCGAAAGAGCCGAUGUGAGGAGACGAGGAGCUGACAGCCAGCGCUGAGACUGAAAGCGUGAUGGACGUGCAGAUCCCAGUGGAGCCGGAGCUCAGUGAGUCUGAGUCUGAGGAAGGGACGGCUCUGUCUGAGUCUGAGUUCACCUGUCACUGCUGCUACCAGGUUCUGGUGGACCCCACCACACUCACCUGUGGACACAGCUUCUGCAGACACUGUCUGGCCAACUGGUGGGCCUCCGCUCUGCCCAGGGUCCGGAGAGACUGCCCAGAAUGCCGAGCGGUGUGGACCGGCUUUCCCAGAGUCAACAUCCUGCUCCGGGAUGCGGUGGAAAAGCUGUUUCCCGCUGAAGUGAGACGACGGAAGCAGGCCAUCCUGAGUGAUCCAGGGUUCUGUCGUGUUCUCCAGAUGUUCCAGCAGCAUGGGAACACACAGGCCCCUCACGCAGCUCCGCCACAGAACCCACCACCGAUCAACAUCAGAGAGUUUUACUCUGGAGUCGUGACGGCUCUGACCUUCAUGACUGUGGUGGUGUUAUUGUACCGUGCGUUCAGUACUGAUUCCAGUCAUGAGGUACUGCUCAGUAAACCACUCAGCAGGUGGAGUGCUGAUGAUGUCACUCUGUGGGUGGAGCAUCUGGGCAUCUGGACCAAUCAGUAUAAAGAGACCUUCCGCAGGGAACAGAUCAACGGCAGGUUACUGUCUUCUCUCAGUGAUGAGGAUCUGUCUGCGGCUCCGUUCAAAAUCAAGAAUCCGUCUCACAGACAGAUCAUCCUGGAGGAGCUGCACAGACUCAGACAGCGCCGGGUCUCACUGAACCUCUGGCAGUACAAGGAUCUGUAUUUAGGGAAGUCUCUGUUCCUGUUGAUCAGUCUGAGGAACUUCCCUCGUCUGACGCUGCUCUACCUGUUCCUGUUUGAUUAUGACGACACGUUCCUGCCCUUCAUUCACACCAGCUGCCCGGCGACACCAGACGCUCCCACGGACACACCGCUGAAUCAACUCUGCUGUAAAUGUGGGCGGGCACUAAUGCACCCUGUGCUGCAUCAGGAUUGGCCGGGCUGGCGUCAGUGGGCGGAGUUUCUGCUGAUGUACUUCCUGUUGCCCUAUCAGCUGCUGUCUGCGGUGGCCUGGCACUGGAUGAGUGUUCAUUACUGGACGGCAGGUUUCAUCAUCGCUCACGCUGCACUACUGACGGUGCUGGACGUGUGUUUCUACUGGACGCUGUGGAAGAGAGGACAGAUGCGGACUCUGCCUAAGUUAGUCUGGCUUCAGAUGUUCGCAGUGCUGUUCAACACGUCUCUGUUUGUGCUGCCGUGGCCCAUGAUGCCUCUCUUCAUCAUUAACACUGAGAUCUACAUCCAGCUGUACUUUAACCCCUUCCUCACUGCAGUGCUGGUGAAACGAACACUCCUGCCCACAAACACACAGCACAGGCCCUGACACACACACUUUAAUCAUGUUUGCUGGGUGACUCACACUGCGUUUAAUGAUGUAUCCUCUGGGAAUCAAACCCAUGACCUUGGCGUUGCGAGCGCUGUGAUCCACUGUGAGCCGCAGGGACGUCACACACACACACACACACACACACACACACACACACGUGUGUCUGGGUCAUGCUGGGACUUCACACUCAUAAUCAUCUCUCUGCUCUUAUGUUAUGAUCAGUUUCAUAGGAUCCUCAGAUUCUGAUUCAGUUUCAUGCUUCUAACUGUGACAAUAUGUAUUUUUAUAAA